CUCUCUCUCUCUCUCUCUCUCUCUCCAUUCCAACGGCACUUUCUCUCUCCACUCUCUCUCUCUCCUCUUCCUCCCCUCCUCCGUACCUUGUCUGACCAACCAUACUCUCUCUCUCUCUCUCUCUCUCUCUCUCUCUAUGAAGCAUUUGACGCAACCAAGAACCGCGAUCUUGAGAGAAGCCCAGCCCUACUCCGAAUUCUCCCCGUCGCCAAACCCUAGUUCCAUGAUAAAGCAGAAGUCUUCCCCGAACCCUAGCGGUUCUCGGAAGCAGAAAUGCUCGAAGGAGAACGCCCCGCCGAUGGAUCUCAACGCAAUGCUGGAGUCCCCCAUAGUCACCGGGAAACCCUCGCCGGCCGCGGCGGGGAAGAUGAGGAGUCCGCUGCCUCCGCGGCCGCCGCCCUCGAACCCUCUCAAAAGGAAGCUGAACAUGGAGACUGUUCCGGAGACGGGGCCUGCGGGAUCUUCCGAUUCCGGAGUGCAGGUUGUAGUUCGAAUGCGGCCGCCAACCAAGGAUGAGGAAGAAGGAGACUUGAUAGUUCAGAAAAUUGGUGUUGAUUCUUUGACAAUUCUUGGACAGACAUUUACAUUUGACUCAGUUGCUGAUCCCGAGUCAACACAGCUGGAUAUAUUCCAGCUUGUUGGAGCUCCUCUUGUGGAAAAUUGCCUAGCUGGAUUCAACAGUUCAGUUUUUGCAUAUGGACAGACUGGGAGCGGGAAGACUUAUACAAUGUGGGGACCUGCCAAUGCCUUGUUGGAAGAUAACCUAUCAAGUGAUCAACAGGGAUUGACACCCCGUGUUUUUGAGCAACUUUUUGCUCGGAUAAAAGAGGAGCAAAGUAAGCACGCUGACAAGCAGCUCAUAUAUCAAUGUCGCUGUUCCUUUCUUGAGAUUUACAAUGAACAAAUCACUGAUUUACUGGAUCCAAGCCAAAGAAACCUCCAGAUAAGAGAGGAUGUCAAGUCUGGUGUGUAUGUUGAUAAUUUGACAGAGGAGUGUGUAUCCACAAUGAAGGAUGUCAUACAACUUCUAAUAAAGGGAUUGUCAAACAGGAGGACUGGUUCAACAAGUAUUAAUGCUGAGAGUUCCCGUUCACACAGUGUAUUUACUUGCGUUGUUGAAUCCCGAUGCAAGAGUGCAGCAGAUGGUUUAAGCAGCUUCAAAACAAGUAGGAUAAACCUUGUUGAUCUUGCUGGUUCAGAAAGACAGAAACUAACAGGUGCUGCAGGAGAUCGUUUGAAGGAAGCAGGAAAUAUAAAUCGAUCACUUUCACAGCUUGGAAACUUGAUAAACAUUCUUGCCGAAGUUUCCCAAACAGGGAAACAGAGGCACAUUCCAUACAGAGAUUCCAGGUUGACUUUCUUACUUCAGGAAUCUCUUGGUGGAAAUGCAAAACUAGCAAUGGUCUGUGCUAUUUCUCCGGCUCAAAGUUGUAAGAGUGAGACUUUAAGCACACUGAGAUUUGCUCAGCGUGCGAAGGCUAUCAAGAAUAAGGCAGUAGUCAAUGAAGUAAUGCAGGAUGAUGUGAAUUUCUUGCGUGAAGUGAUACGCCAACUAAAGGAGGAAAUGCAACGAAUGAAGGAAAAUGGCAACCAAACUGAUCCUAAUGGAGCUUAUUCAACAGGGUGGAAUGCCCGUAGGAGCUUGAAUCUCCUGAAAUUUAGCCUUAAUCGUCCGAUGAUGUUACCUUGUGUAGAUGAAGACGGUGAUGAGGAAAUGGAAAUUGUUGAGGAAUCUGAUCAAACCGACGUUCAAUCAGUAGCAGGCAGGGAAGCUUCUGGUGAAGCAACUGUUGGGGAGCCUCAGACAAAUAGAUCUGAAAGUGCACCUUUUGAAAAUAAAGGCUUUAGGGAUACAGAUGUCAUCAUGGAAGAAGAAACAUGUGAGCAAUGUGACAAUGACCAGUGUCUCAAAUCCUCUGUUGAUAUUUUACUGAAUGAAGAAUCACCAAGUGACCAAGUCAGGGAAACUCCAACGCACCAAUUUUCCGAGUCUUCUGGGGAAGCUUCUGUACACAUUCCUCCUGCUGACCUCAGCCUAAUUCCAAGUGAAAUAUCCCCAAUACUUAAAUCACCCACACCCAGUGUUUCACCAAGAGUUAAUAACAACAGCAGAAAAAGUCUUAGGACUUCAUCGAUAUUAGCUCACAUCGAGAAAGGUCUGAGGGAUGAUGAUGAGUUAGGAUCAGACACUAUACGGUUAUCUUUUGCAAAGGCCUCAAAAAACAGCUGUCUGAAUUCUCAGUCUACUCAGACAAGUAGAAGCUGUUUUGCACCAACUGAACAUUUGGCUGCUAGUCUUCACCGUGGUCUUGAAAUUCUCACUAGCAAUCGCCAGAGUUCUGCUCUGAGGCGGUCUUCUUUCAGGUUUUCAUAUAGAUCUGAUAGUAUGCCAACUUUGCCAAUUGAAAAAGUUGAUGUGGGCAUACAAACUUGUCCUCAAAACGAGUCACAAGAAAAGGAAUCACUAGCAUUCUUGUGUAGUAAAUGCAAGAGUGGAAACACUCAGCAAGAGAUCGAAGAUGCAAAUGAUGCUUCAAAUUUGCAGUUAGUACCUGUGGAUGGGUCACAGUCGGUGGACAAAUCUAAGAAGCUAGUUCCCAAAGCAGUUGAAAAAGUCUUGGCGGGAGCUAUUCGCAGAGAGAUGGCAUUAGAAGAGUACAGUGCCAAGCAAAAUACUGAAAUUGUGCAUCUGAAUCGCUUGGUUCAACAGUACAAGCAUGAGAGGGAAUGCAAUUCAAUUAUUGGGCAAACACGGGAAGAUAAAAUUGCUCGCCUUGAAAGCCUAAUGGAUGGCAUUUUAACGACUGAAGAGUUCACAGAGGACGAAUUAGUAUCACUAAAACAUGAGCAUGAGCUUCUGAAGCAAAAAUAUGACAAUCAUCCAGAAGUUUUGAGGACAAAAAUCGAGCUAAAAAGAGUUCAAGAUGAGCUGGAAAAGUACAGGAACUUCUUUGAUAUGGGGGAGAGGGAUGUGUUGUUGGAAGAGAUACAAGAUCUAAGAACCCAGCUACAGUAUUACGUAGACUCUUCACCUAAUCUGGCUCGAAAAAGAAGUAAUCUCCUUCAGUUAACCUAUUCAGGCGACCACAGUGCGGCUCCAACACCUCUGUGCACAAUUCCAGAGUCAACUACAGAAAGUUUAGAACAGAAACUGGAACAGGAGAGAAUUCGUUGGACGGAAGCAGAGAGCAAGUGGAUUUCUCUUGCUGAAGAACUAAAGAUUGAACUUGAAGAAAGCCGUUAUUUAGCUGAGAAGCAGAAACACGAACUAGAUUCGGAGAAGAAAUGUUCAGAAGAGCUGAAGGAAGCAAUGCGGAUGGCAAUGGAAGGCCAUGCGCGCAUGCUCGAACAGUAUGCUGACCUUGAGGAGAGGCACAUGCAUAUGCUCGCGAGGAAUAGGAAGUUUCAAGAGGGAAUAGAGGAUGUCAAGAAAGCGGCUUCCAAAGCUGGAGUGAGGGGUGCUGAGUCUAAAUUCAUAAAUGCCCUUGCUGCGGAAAUCUCGGCAAUAAAAGUGGAAAGGGAAAAAGAGAGGCGGUAUUUUAGGGACGAGAACAAAGGUUUGCAGGCCCAACUGAGGGAUACCGCAGAGGCUGUGCAGGCGGCUGGUGAGUUGCUUGUGCGGCUUAAAGAAGCAGAAGAAGCUGUUGCCAUUGCCGAGAAUCGAGCUGUGGAGGCUGAGCAAGAGACCGUGAAGGCUUACAAACAGAUCGAUAAAUUGAAGAAAAAAUACGAGAACGAGAUCACUUCUUUGAAUCAGUUACAUUCAGAGUCUCGUUUUCCUAAAGAAGCAAUAAGACCAGCUUAUGAUGACGCUGUGAAAUAUGAUGCCGGGGAGUCCCCUGAUCAGCAAUGGAGGAAGGAGUUUGAGCCAUUCCAUAAUACCGAAGAUGGUGAAUUAUCAAAACUUGCCGAACCCUCCUCUUGGUUCUCCGGGUACGAUCGGUGCAAUAUAUAGCAGUCAGGACAUGCAAUUGGCAUAGUUAGUGUGUAUGUACUAAUACUUUGUUACAUAGCUGUGAACUUGUUGCAGAUUUUACUGGUGUUUUAGUAGUUCUCACCAAAUGUGAGGACCAAUGCAAUGGUUCUCUGUGUGCUCUUGUAAUUCAUUUUGGAACAUAAAAGUUGAAUGAAUCAAUUAUAUUCUUUUA